UGAUAGGUAACGGGCGAAACCUGAUCGCGCGGUAAAUAGCACGUAAAUCAAAACUCUGUAACACGAAAACAAAACAAGAGGUUGGACAAGACAUUCACAUAUAGUUAAGUAUAUCAAAAAUGGUAAAGAUAACAUCUGAAAUGUUAUUAAAGUAUGCAAGCCAUACCAAGAAAAUGUCGAGUGAAUCAGACCUUCAAUAUUUCAAACGGCUAACACAUAUUUAUUUGCAAGAAAAAAAUAUUGAAGAAAUUGACAAUCUCGCAGCAUGUAAGAACCUGACAGUCCUUUAUCUUUACGACAACAACAUAUCUGUUAUCAAGAAUUUGGCAUUUGCAACCAACCUGACACAUCUUUACUUACAGAAGAACAACAUAUCACAUUUGACUGGCCUGAAGCAUAUGCCAAAAUUAAUGAAAUUAUAUCUUGGUCACAACUCAAUAACAGUUGUAGAAGGUUUAGAUGGGAAUCAAUGUUUGGUAGAACUUCAUAUAGAAAGCCAGAAUCUACCACCUGGAGAGAAAUUAUUGUUUGAUCCAAGUACGAUGGAGGCUAUUUCAAAAUCACUUUCUGUUCUCAACAUCUCCAACAACAACAUCGAUGACACUAAUGAUUUAAAAAUCUUACGCAAACUGAACCAUCUAAUGAUUGCGGAUAAUAAACUUUAUGAUUGGGUGGAUUUAUCCGAAACUCUUUUAGAAUGGCCUUCUCUAUACAACUUGGAAAUCUCAGGCAACCCUGUUUGUAGACACAAGAAAUUUCGUGAUAAACUCAUCAUCAUGUCAAAAUCACUUGUUAUGAUUGAUAGCAAGGAAGUAACCGAGUCAAAUCGACAGUUUUUACAGAACUGGUAUGCGAAUAAGGAAGCUAAAAGACAACUAAAAAAGCAGUUGAGACAACAGACGGAGAGUUACGACUUUAUGGUGAAGAGUGUUCGUGAUAGCAACAGGCUGUAUUUGAAUUACCCUUAUUCUAAGGAUACGAGUUUAUACAGGCUACAAGAGAGCACACGCUAUGGAUUCCAGCCUAUAACUAAUAAGCAUAUCUCGAAACCACACAAGCAGUUUGCUGAAGUUCUCGCUAAAGCUAAAGAUGGCAAGUAUCUGCCACCGCUGGAACAAGCCAGAGCAAGAUAUCGUGAGGAAUCAUUUCAUUCAGAAUUACCUGCUAUAUCUCACGUCAUGCAUGAAAAUAAACCACUGUAGAUGGUCACCAAUCAUUCGAAAAUAAAUUUUUAUAUUGCGAUAUGAUUUUAUAUUCCAUAUUUCGUGGAAUCUGGGCACUACCGUAGACCUGUUACCUUCUUUUUGCAGUACAGCGUACCACUAGUAAAAAGCCGAUAGGAAAUGACGACAGAAUUAUAUUUUGGGAUGGUAUUUUGUCCUUAAUUUAUUGAUGAUAGAUAAUAUAUUUUUUAUUUUAAGUUGUAAAUAAUGUACAAAAAGAUGUUAUAAAUAUAUGACAAUAUAAAUCACUUCA